AAAAGCCAAGUGCAUGCUACCAGCAGCAGAUCAGAGCACUUUCUCAGUCCUCCAGUGUUUUGAACCAGUGAUCUUCUCUUCUUGGAUCUUGUAUACUCAAGAAAAGAAAAUGCAGAUUGUCAGAAUCCUUCAAAUUUGAUACUCAGCACUGUUAUGAUCUCCUCAUUACUGGAUGUUGAGUCUGGAUAUCAGAAUCGGUAGAGUGAAGCACUCUCCUGUUAAACUGAGGGACCAACUUAAAAUCAACAAAGUAACAACGUGCCUAACACAAACAGGAAAUCUAGGUCUCUUAAAGUGAAAAGCAAACAACCUGCCCUUCUUCUGUCCUUUCCUGAAAUCUAAAUGUGAUGGCCGCGCUGCUCUUCCCUGUGCAGCUGCUGGCAGUGGCUGUCACCGUUUACCUGGAGCUGGUGAGGUCUGCUCAAGGAGGUGCUUACUAUGGGAUCAAGCAGCUGCCACCUCAGGUGCCCCAGUACCAACCUCUUGGACAACAAGUACCUCACAUGCCGCUGGGCAAAGAAGGCAUCCCAAUGCAGCACAUGGGCAAGGAGAUGCCCCACAUGCAGUACGGGAAAGAGUACCCCCAUCUGCCUCAGUACAUGAAGGAGAUCCCACAGAGGCCCCUGCUUGGCAAGGAUAUGGCUCCCAAGAAAGAGAAAGAAAUGCCCAUACGCAGUCUGAGGGGUGAGCAAGGCCCCCCUGGUGAGCCAGGACCAAGAGGGCCACCGGGGCCACCUGGAUUACCAGGCCAUGGCGUGCCAGGAGCCAAAGGAAAACCAGGCCCACAAGGAUAUCCAGGAAUUGGAAAGCCGGGUUUGCCAGGGAUGCCAGGAAAACCAGGGGUCAUGGGGCCCCCGGGGCCAAGAGGGGAGAUGGGGCCAAAGGGGGAGAUCGGGCCUAUGGGAAUACCUGGACCACAAGGACCACCAGGACCUCAUGGGCUUCCUGGUAUAGGGAAAGCAGGUCCUCCAGGUCUGCAGGGACAGCCAGGGCCAAAGGGCGAGCCUGGGAUGAAGGGGCCACCAGGAAUCCCUGGGAUCCCAGGGCCAAAAGGGGAGAAGGGCAUUGGGAUCCCAGGUUUGCCAGGUCUGAAGGGUCCACCCGGGCUGCCUGGUCCCCCUGGCCCUGUGGGGCUGCCAGGGGUUGGCAAACCAGGCAUGGUUGGCUUUCCUGGGCCACAGGGACCCCUGGGUAAACCUGGACCCCCAGGAGAGCUAGGGCUGCAGGGGCCUCCAGGGGCCCCUGGGAUCCAAGGCCCUCCUGGCCCGCCUGGCAUCGGCAAACCAGGCCAGGAUGGCAUGCCUGGCCAGCCAGGCUUCCCAGGUGGCAAAGGAGAGCAGGGAUUGCCAGGCCUACCAGGGCCCCCAGGCCCCCCUGGGGUUGGGAAGCCAGGCUUCCCGGGGCCCAAAGGUGAGCGAGGUGUGGGUGGGCUGCCCGGCCCCCUGGGGCCGAAGGGGGAGAAAGGGCAUGCGGGACCACCUGGCAUGGGGGGGCCACCAGGAGAGCCAGGCCAGCCGGGAUUGCCAGGCAUCAUGGGACCCCCAGGGGCCGCUGGUUUCCCAGGACCCAAAGGAGAGGGUGGACCUGUGGGGCCACCGGGACCGGUCGGCCCUAAGGGAGAACCUGGCCUGCAGGGUUUUCCGGGAAAGCCAGGCUUUCCUGGGGAAGUGGGAGCCCCUGGGCUUCGGGGGCUGCCGGGCCCCACAGGGCCCAAGGGGGAAGCAGGACACAAAGGCUUGCCGGGGCUGCCGGGUGUCCCAGGGCUUGUGGGGCCAAAGGGUGAGCCGGGGCUCCCUGGUGCCCAGGGGCUUCAGGGCCCCUCAGGCAUCCCCGGCAUUGCAGGACCCAGCGGCCCCAUCGGCCCCCCAGGGCUGCCAGGGGCGAAGGGGGAGCCAGGCAUGCCUGGACCCCCUGGCUUCCCUGGAGUAGGCAAACCUGGGGCUGCAGGGUUGCAGGGACCCCCAGGGAAGCCUGGGGCACUCGGUCCUCCUGGUCAGCCAGGGCUCCAGGGGCCACCGGGCCCCCCCGGGCCCCCAGGUCCCCCAGUCAUCAUCCAACCCACUCCACCAGCUGUGGGAGAGUACCUGCCUGAGGUGGGGCCAGGGAUAGACGGCGUCAAGCCCCCCUAUGGUUACAAGGGCAAGAAAGGCAAGGCUGGUGGCAUUGUCUACGAGAUGCCUGCGUUCACGGCAGAGCUGCUCACCCCCUUCCCCCGGGUUGGGGUGCCCGUGAAGUUCGACAAGCUCCUCUACAACGGCCGGCAGAACUACAACCCCCAGACGGGGAUCUUCACCUGCGAGAUCCCCGGCGUCUACUACUUCGCCUACCAUGUCCACUGUAAAGGGGCCAACGUGUGGGUGGCUCUGUUCAAGAACAACGAGCCGCUGAUGUACACCUACGAUGAGUACAAGAAGGGCUUCCUGGACCAGGCUUCGGGCAGUGCCGUGGUCCAGCUCAUGCCUGGAGACAAGGUUUACGUUCAGAUGCCAUCCGAGCAGGCAGCAGGACUCUAUGCCGGGCAAUACGUUCAUUCAUCUUUUUCAGGAUAUUUAUUGUAUCCCAUGUAAAACAAAAAACCAGACACACUCACACACAACAACCCACACACACACACGAAGUCAAAACCUUUCUCCUCUGCUUCAACUUUUAUACCACAAAAGAUGCAUUUUAUGACCAUUUUGGACCAUCUUGUACAAAAAAAAGAAUAAAUACAAAGUUUAACAUUAUGCACAGCUAGUUAUAAAAA